AUGCCCUCCGAAUCUUUCAUCGAGUCCUUUUCCAGGGACUGGGAACGAUGCUUUGACAGGAAGCCAAUCUCCUCAAAUCCGGUCAUUUCCGACCUCGACGUCGAACACAAUGAACUUGCGCAGACCUGGAAAACCUUUGUUCGCCAUCUUCCGCCCGGCACUCGAGUCGAACGGGGCGACCGACCCCCGUCGGUGAGCGAUGUCGUCGCCCUCGUACGGAAUACGCAGUCUCUCUGGAGGUCUCAGCCUCGACAACGGGUCUUUGAACAGGCAGGGGCUCUUUGCGACAGAUUCGUGCCGACAUUGGAAACGCAUGCAACCUUAUUGGCCGUCCUGCCGGAUGCCGACCUCUUCCAUGCACCUCUCUUCUAUAGCGUGCUACAGACAUUGAUCAAGGCAUCGGCACACUACCCUCAUGUCAUUGAGGGACUAAUUACCGCCCUGCUAAAUAUCCAUAGUGCCCUCAUCUUACCCUCCCAACCCAUCUCCUCCUCUACUCAUCUCAUGCCCGUCGCCAAGAUAUACGCCUUGUGCUUCUUUUUCCUGGCCGAGUUUAUGGAUUGGUUCAUCCGGCGAUCCACGUGCGAAUUGCUGAAAAGUCACAGCCAGGAUGCAUACUCGGAAUUCCAUCACCUCGUCAGCUGUAUCCAACGCCAGGCCCGGGCUCUCACGGAUUCCUCCGACGCCAUGGAUGUGGACAUGGACGAGAAAUCUGAUGCAGCGUAUAGCCCACGUGCCCUCUGGGAAGAAUCUCAACUUAGCAAGGUCGGCCGCCAGGGGACGGAUCGUCGGAUAGCGGCCCAGAACACAAUUACACGCCGCCUGAUCUGGGAGAUUCAGCAGGAUGCCGAGGAACGUGCUCGAAUUCGACGGCAAAGGGACCAGCUGCUUACGGACAUGCUGAGGGCUGUCAAUAACCAGCUGCGUCCGGUCAAUUCGCAGACCAAUGGGAUUGUCUGCAUGACCACUGCCGCGCCAGACCUGGUGACCUCUGCGUUUGAAUGGUCUCGAGUAUCCAAACGUCGCCUCGCACGUCUAGAGCUUCAGAAUGCUUCCAAACAUUUGGAAGGCUUCUUUGAAAACGACGAUCAGAUUGCCGACCUGGACCCUAAUGCUCAAAUAGCUAUUGAUAGCAGCGUGGCCACGACUCUUCAGACGUGGGUCACCAGCCCGCAGUCUCAGGCUCUCGCUGUCGGUGGAUCCCCAUCAAAUGUCUACCCCAGUCCCGUGGCCUUGAUAUCGGCUUGUUAUGCCUCUUUUUCCCGUCGAGCACGACUACCGAUUAUUGCCCAUUUUUGCACUCUACCCGAAAAGGACGUGAAGGGCCUUACCCGGCACCAACAGGGUCUCAUUGCCCUUACCUAUAGCCUGAUUCGGCAAUUGAUCGAUUGCCUCCCUACCGUUGUGGACAGCGACUCGCUACUUGACCUGAGCGCCGAGCGAUUCCGCCAGUUGGACGGCACAAUCUCUAGCUGGAAGGCAGCUCUAGCCUUGGUCGAUACACUGCUACAUUUUGUACCGCCCUUACUUGUCUGUGUGAUCGACGGUAUCGACACGAUUCACGAUGCCUCGACCGAUGCCGCCCUGCGAGAGUUGAUACGCGUCCUUCUCACCCACACGCGUCACCAGCCCCAGCCCGCCAAUAGCGAGUGUGCGAGCCCAACCUUCUUGUUCAAGGUUCUCUUCACCGUUACCGGUCGGCCUAGCGCGCUGGUGGAGACCAUGUCGGAGAAUCAGCUCAUCCUGACCGAGCCAACGCACUCUGCCGAGCCCACCCCAUCCGACGCUGUCCUCACCUCGGAUCUGGGAGUCGUCAUGAUGAAUGCUUGA